GCGCAUCGUGUGUACUCAACAUAAGUGUUGCUAGCCACUACGAGAACUUAGUCAUACAUUUGUUUACUGCCAAAUCUUUUCACGGGAAUAAACACCAGCAUAGCCAAAAUGCAAGGUGAUCAACAACAAUUUUUCGGCGGACCAUCAUACCCGCAGCAGCCGGGAUACAAUAUUGGCUUCGCACCGCAACCCGGAAUGCAGCCAGGAAUGCAACCGGGUUUUCAUCCAAGUGCAUUUGCUCCAUCGGGCGGAUCCCCGGAAGGAUAUGCGCCGUACGAUGCCGAAUCUACAUCGGUAAAAGGAUUUGACUUCAACGAUCAGACCAUUAGACGUGGUUUCAUUAAGAAAGUGUAUGCUAUUUUGACCUCGCAAGUAGCCAUAACAUUCGUCUUUAUUGCUUUCGUGAUUAACCACAAACCAACGAAGCUAUGGAUGCAACAACAUCCUGGGAUCUUUUGGGUGGCGUUUUUGAUCAUGAUUGGAACUCUGAUUGCAAUUUCCUGCUGCGGAGAGCUACGCCGCAAAGCGCCAGCCAAUUUUGUCCUUUUAGGAUUGUUUACAUUUGCAGAGUCUUUCCUGGUAUCGGUCAUUACGGCAAAAUAUAGCCGAGAAGAGGUGAUGUUUGCAUUUGGGAUAACAGCGGCGGUUUGUCUUGGGUUAACACUGUUUGCUUUCCAAACUAAAUGGGACUUUACUAUGAUGGGUGGCAUAUUGUUUGUAGCCGUGCUCAUACUGUUCUUGUUUGGAUUGAUUGCGAUGUUUAUCCCGGGAAAAACCGUUCAAAUUAUCUACUCUUCCUGUGGAGCAUUUCUUUUCUCCAUCUAUCUUGUGUAUGAUACACAAAUUAUGAUGGGCGGAUCACACAAGUAUUCUAUUAGCCCGGAAGAAUAUGUGUUUGCGGCAUUGUCCUUGUAUCUCGACGUAAUCAAUAUUUUCUUGCACAUUUUGUCUAUCAUCGGUGCGUCUAGGAAUUAAAAACAAUAACACCGUUAAAUGUCCUCCGUUUUCCUCUUUGUGUAAAAGAAUGGACGAUUCAGAUGAACGUUAUAUUGAAAAUUAUGUAUUACUUGAGACUAACAACUAUUAACUAUACGAUAUUCUACCGCGGAACAGGGCCGCCAAUGAAUGAAACGAUCUUUGAAACACAUUUAUCGUUUACGUUUUCCAUGUGCGAAUGUGAAAAAACCUCCCGAUAUCAACGUGUAGUUAAUCCACUUUACUGGAAAAUCAUCUGUUUAAUGUGAGAAUAAAAAAUGGAUAUU